AAGUACUGAUGGUUCAAAGGCUUGAUUUUGAUUGUUGUGAUGUUAUUAGCUGAACGGCUCAAAAAACUAAAGGUUAAGAAGUUGGGUACUUAAGGCGAACACAUUUUUGGACGUCCAGGAGUCCACUGUGAAGCCGUUGUAGCCAGGGAAUUGCAGUUGAAGACUUUUCACCUACUCCAGAGUGUAUAGGGAAGUGACUGUUCAAUAAGGAAGGAUGUUUUAAUGUUGGACGUUUACUGCAGACCACAUAGUCGAUUCUGUUUUCUAAGCAAACAUCUAUUGCUAAAAGAAAAUGUCUACAAGCACAUACUGUAGGGCGCUAUGCAUAUUCCAAGGCAGUGCUAACACGAGCACUCCCCACCUGGUGGACGAAUGAAAAAAGGACACCCCAACAACGAAGUUGGGUUUAAAGCUACACUAGAUAGGAUUUUCAGUAAAAAAAAAAAUUGCGAAUACUCACCGGUAAAACAGCGGUUGCUUACUAUGUGCUUGUACAAAACAUUUUUGGUAAUAGAUGUUUGCUUAGGCAACCGUUGCUGCUUUGAGAAUACGCACAGAGUGCGCGUGCAAUAAUAAGAUACACCAAGAUUUGAGCGGCUCUGCACGCCAUGACUCCGAAGCUGGUGAUCAUCGACACUGACUCAGGAAUAGAUGACGCCCAGGCCAUAAUGAUGGCCCUGGCCGCGCCAGGUUUACAGAUCCUGGGAAUAACUUGCUGUUUUGGGAAUACCGGCGUGGAAAACGUUUGCCAGAAUGUCCUGCAGGUGCUGUCAGUCUGCCAGCGCACAGAGGUCCCAGUGUUCCGGGGGGCUGCCGUCCCUCUGGUGAGACCCCCCGAGGUUUCGUUUGACCCCUUUGGUACCGAUGGGCUGGGGGAUGUGCUGGAGGACAGAGACCCACUGUGGAAGGAGAAGAUACAGAGGGAGAACGCUGUCAGUGCCAUGGUCCGACUGGUGGCUGACAACCCAAAACAGGUGUCUCUGGUGGCCCUUGGGCCUCUCACCAACCUAGCUCUAGCCAUCCGACUGGAACCGUCCUUCGCCCUGAACCUCAAGGAACUCUUCAUCAUGGGCGGCAACAUGGAGGGUAAAGGGAAUGUGACCGUAUGUGGGGAGUUUAAUUUCGUGCUGGAUCCUGAGUCUGCCUAUGUGGUCUUGGAGGAAUAUCUCUGUCCAACACAAAUUGCAUCAUAUGAAUAUUGCCGCAGGAAUAAGUUGACAUGGGAUUUCUUCGAUAAAUUGAUGAACCUGGGCACACCUGCUGCCAUCUUCAUGAAGACGAUAACAUCAAAGAGCUGGGCUUACUCCAAGGAUGCAGUUGGGUACUUUGGUUCCGGCUUUGUGUCCUAUGAUUCGUAUGCGAUGGCAGCGUGUAUAGAUUGCAGCGUGGUCACGGAACGUAUUGAGUGUCCUGUCCGCGUGGAACUCCAGGGAACACUGUGUAGGGGGAUGAUGGCUCUAGAUGUGAAUAACAUCCUGAAGAAGAACCACCGUGUGUCAGUCAUGAAGACCUGUGAUCAAACCAAGUUGAGGAAGUUACUACUGGCAUCUGUCAGUAUAGGAAGCAGAGAACCUAGGCUACUAUAGCCUGGGUUCUUUGUUGGGUGGAGUGUGGAGCAUCCCUGUGGAUGUCAAAGACAUCUGUAGUUUCUCAGAAUCAGAUAUUUUACUCACACUCCAAGAAAUAAUGUGCUCUGUGCUUACUAUUGAAUCAAUCAUGAAAAGGCAUAUUAGAACGGCCUGGUCUGUAACGUCCGCUGGAAAAGAGUGGAUGUUACCUCCUACCCUUUUAAAUCCCAAAUGAAAUUAGUGGAAUUUAAAAUGAUUUAUUAGCCAGCUAAUAAAUACUUGUAGGUGAAAUAAAUUGCUCCUUCUAUGAUACAAUUCUGACACUGUCCUACAUUAUUUUGGUGUUGUCUUUACAUGAAAAUAUUAUGGCAAGAUAUGUACAUUUCUGAUUGAUCAUGCUUAGUGACUUCUCAUUGUUUUGGAAAACUCUGCUGUUUGGAUCUGUUAAGAGACAGAAAGAGGCUUAAUUUAAAACAAUCAUGCUAGCUAAAUUUCAAAUUCAGUACAUUAAGAAUGACUCAACAAAUAAGCUUUUAAAACCAGUCACUACAGGCAUUUGAUUUGAAAAUGUAUUAAUGCUUUAUGUUCCCUCAUCUUGUUACUGGAUUUGUGAUUGUGUUGUAUUCAUGGUUCCCUGUUUCAUGUACUUAUUCUAUUAUUUUGCAUUAUAGAAAUGAUUCAAGGUAGCAUCUGUUACCACAGUUACCUCCUUUCAGAAGCAGCUUCAAAUUUCUUAUUUUUGUUAUUAAGUGGUUAUUUUUGAGAAAUUAAGUAAUAUACCAUAAUACCUAGCAAUAAUUUCAUUCUUUAGGAAAUAUUACACACACAUUUGUUUGGUGUUUAAUGAUGCAUCUUUUUUUUUAUACAUUUGUUUUAAUAUUAUUUCUAUAUUUUUUCUUACCAGCGGCUUUAAUUCAAUAACUUUUAUUCAAGAAAACCUUUACUGCAACCUCAUCUAAGUAAAGUUUCCAAGGGGCCCAAGAGCUGCCCUCAGCUGUGUUCAAUGAACACUGUUCAUGGAGUCCAUUUUUACAAAUGUUUUCAAAGACAGCCGUAGAUUAAACGUCUUCAUGAAGUGUAGUGGAUAUUUUAUGGUUAUCAGUGACCAAAAAGUAUUGUGAGUAAUCUAUCACAAUACAAACUGUAUUGCAAAAGAAAUAAUCACAAUAUUUCAUGAAGUAUUGGGAUAAUACUGAAUUGUGAGGUCCCAGGUAAUUUCCACCCCUGAUUAAAACUAUGCAAGAAGACGAUACACUAGAAAACACCAAAACCCAGGCUUCCUGAUUUGUCAUGUUAAAUACGAUGAAUUUCACCUUUUGUUUAUUCUGAUGCCUUUUUAUUUCAUCUUGGUGACAGACCUCACAUUAAUAAUCCCAUUAACUAACCAAAUGAAAUUCCAAUAUAAUUGUUUUUUAAACCUUUGAAAGGACCCAAUUCUUGAAGAUUUUUUUUUAA